AAAGCUGCUCAAAUUUCUUGACUUCCCUCUAAAAACUUCUCUAAAAAUUUCAUUCAGUCCAAAAAAAGAAAAAAAGAUUGCUAAAGGUCUCCUAUUUCGAUUGAGACUAAAGUUAUAAGAUCCCUCCUUUAUUCUUCUUCACACAACCCAUUUUAUCCCAUAUUUUUAGGAUUUUUAUUGCAGCUUUAGAUCUGAGAGCAAAGAGCUUUUUUUGGGGUUUUUGUUUGAAGUUCUUUUGGUGUAAAUUUUGAUCUGGGUUUAAUCUUUUUAGAUAAAAGGCUUGAUUUUGAGCUUUGGGUUGUCUUUCGUUGGUGUGGAUUUAAUUGUUCAAAGCUCUAGAAAUAAACUGUUAUUUUCCUUUUUCUUUUUUGAAGAUUUUGGGGUAGUUCUGUCUGAGUUUCUCUUUUUAGUGGGAAAAGAAAAGGUUGGAAUUUUGGGUUAGAUAUGGAGGUAUCGGUGAUUGGGAGUUCUUCUCAGGCAAAGAUCUGUAAAACCGAGUUAGCAUACAGGGAUUUAAGGUUUUGUUUUGGGAAAAAUAAUGAUAAAAGUAAAAUUUUGUCCCGGAAACCAAACAGUGUUUGUUUUGAGAGUCAAACUGCGAGGUUUAGGAAAGCUAGGCUCAGAUUUACGUUGGAAGCUGUCCACUCCGAAGCCGUUCUUGAAUCUAAGUCUUCUACAGGCUCGACACCUCUUGAUGAAGUAAGAUUAUUUGUCGGCCUGCCUCUCGAUACAGUUUCUGACUGCAAUACAAUAAACCAUGCCCGAGCAAUUGCAGCAGGACUAAAAGCUUUGAAGCUUUUGGGUGUGGAAGGUGUUGAAUUGCCUGUCUGGUGGGGAGUGGUUGAGAAUGAAGGAAUGGGAAAGUAUGACUGGUCAGGCUAUCUUGCUGCUGCAGAGAUGGUCCAGAAAGCAGAUCUCAAGCUUCAUGUAUCACUCUGCUUUCACGCAUCCAGGCAACCUAAAAUUCCACUUCCCAAGUGGGUAAUGCAGAUUGGGGAAUCCCAAUCUAGUAUCUUCUUUAGGGAUCGGUCUGGACAGCAUUAUCGAGAAAGUCUAUCACUGGCCGUUGAUGAUCUUGCUGUUCUUAAUGGAAAGACUCCAAUUCAAGUUUACCAUGACUUCUGUGCGAGCUUUAAGUCUGCAUUCUCACCUUUCAUUGGUUCUACAAUUACGGGAAUCUCAAUGGGUCUAGGACCUGAUGGUGAGCUUCGAUAUCCCUCUCACCACAAGCCUGUCAAAAGUGGCAAAAUUACUGGAGUUGGGGAGUUCCAAUGUUAUGACUUAAACAUGCUUAACCUUCUUAAGCAACAUGCUGAAGCAAAUGGAAACCCAUUAUGGGGACUAGGUGGUCCUCAUGAUGCCCCCACUUAUGAUCAGUCACCUAACUCAAAUAACUUCUUCAGGGAUCAUGGUGGAUCAUGGGAAAGUCCUUAUGGUGACUUCUUCCUUUCCUGGUACUCAAACGAGCUCAUAUCUCAUGGCAAUCGUCUCCUCUCUCUUGCCUCUUCAAUUUUUGGUGAUACUGCAGUGAAUGUCUAUGGAAAAGUCCCACUGAUGUACUCGUGGUACAAAACCCGGGCGCACCCUUGUGAACUGACAGCUGGCUUCUAUAACACUGCCUCAAGAAAUGGGUAUGAAGCAGUUGCACAGAUUUUUGCACGGAAUUCAUGCAAAAUCAUCUUGCCUGGGAUGGAUCUGUCAGAUGUACACCAGCCACGCGAAUCUCUCUCGAGCCCUGAAUUAUUACUUGCACAAAUCAGAACAGCUUGCAGAAAGCACAAGGUUCAGGUUUCAGGCCAGAACUUGGCUUCUGGAGCUCCUGGUACUUUCCAGCAGAUCAAGAAAAAUAUGUUGGGUGAGAAUGUGUUGGACUUGUUCACUUAUCAGAGGAUGGGAGCUCAUUUCUUUUCACCCGAACAUUUUCCUUCAUUCACCAAGUUUGUCAGGAGCCUGAGUCAACCUGAAUUGCAUUCAGACGAUUUGCUAGCUGAAGACGAAGAAGCCACUGAAUCUGUACAUACAAGUUCAGACUCAAACAUCCAAAUGCAAGCCGCUUAGCGAGAGUUAAGAGGACAUAUUUGUGUAUAAAUAGUAUUCUUGUAAGACCCAAAUUAUUGGACGGGGAAAAGAUUGUACUAUGAGUAUAUUACAUGCAUAGCUAAGCAAAUAAUUUCUGUUUUGCUAGAAGAUCUCAGAAUAUAUUGGCAAUUAUCUUUUAAGCUUGUAUUUUUAAGAGAGAGCCGCAGCACCGUAUUUUCGAAUGUAUUGGCCAAUUCUGUUUAA